CAGGCGGGCCCUGGCCCUCCGGCAGCGCCGGGGGGGGCUGUGCCGGGGGCGACCCGCGGGGCGUCCCACCGAGCGGGAGCCGCUUCCCGCGGGCCGGGGCCACGCGCCCCCACGGUGCCGCCGGCGCGUCGCUGCUCCCGCGCGCCCCGGGGAUGACACGGGGACAUCCGUUCCGGGUGAAGCUGAGACCGUAGAGAGGUGCUGCGCCUGCUCCCGAACCGGUGACGGGAAGGACUUACAAACCCCAAGUGCCCACACCAGUCCCGGUGUUCAAGAUGUCAUUGAAGGUGCAGACAAGCAACAUCACGAACAAGAAUGACCCCAAGUCCAUCAACUCCAGAGUCUUCAUUGGCAAUCUCAACACAGCAGUGGUCAAGAAGUCAGAUGUGGAGACCAUUUUCUCCAAGUACGGCCGAGUGGUGGGCUGCUCCGUUCACAAGGGCUACGCCUUCGUACAGUACUCCAACGAGAGGCACGCACGUGCUGCUGUCCUGGGCGAGAACGGGCGGGUGCUUGCUGGCCAGACGCUGGACAUCAACAUGGCCGGGGAACCAAAACCCAACAGACCUAAAGGGCUGAAGAGAGCAGCCUCCGCGUUGUACAGCGGCUAUGACUUCGACUAUGACUAUUACAGAGACGACUUCUAUGACAGGCUCUUUGAGUACCGGGGCCGAGUCUCUCCGGUGCCCAGGGUGGUUCCUGUGAAGCGGCCGCGGGUCACCAUCCCCCUCGUCCGGCGCGUGAAGGCGACUCUGCCCGUCAAGCUCUUCGCCAGGUCGGCUGCCAUCGCCAACAGCUCGGCCAAGUUGAAGUUGAAGUGCAGUGAGCUGCAGACAAUCAAAACUGAGCUGACACAGAUCAAAUCCAACAUUGAUGCUCUCCUGGGCCGACUGGAGCAGAUCUCCGAGGAACAGAAGUUGUCCACAGAGGUACGGAAGAAGGCAGACAGCAGCAAAAGCGAAAUCUCGCAGGAAGACACAGCAUCAGAGGCAGAGGCCAACACGGAGGAGCCGCUGAACGGGGACGAGGGUGAGGAAGAGGGUCUCGCACGGGAUGAGUGUGAAGAUGAACUGGAGAACAGCCAUUACACAGAUGUGGAGGAUGCCAGACUACAGUAACCAGCCCAUUCAGAACAGCAGUGAGCAACAGCGUGAGGAAAGCACGAGGCUAAACCCUGUCCUGGCACGCUGAGCAAGGCAAGCUGAAUCGAAGUGCUGCUGUCAUCUCUACCUGGCAUUCAAAAGGAGAAACACGGCCUGACAUCUUCCAUCCAUCUGUAAAGCAAAGACAAAGAAAACUCAUCAUCCCAGUGAACCCCCACUGCCCUGUGCAAUGGA